AUGGAUUAUCUGGUUCGGUUCGCCCAGCUCCAUGAGACCUUCCGACGGCCGGAACUCCAAGCCUGUGCCACGCUCGCGGGCGUUGACAUCGAAAUCAUCACCUACAAUCAAUUUUCACCAUACUGUGUCGUAAGACUACCAGACGAAGCCGCGGCACGGGCAGUUGCCAAGCGCAGUAUCCUGGUCAAAGAUAUCUUCGAGCUAUGGGGCGAAGGCACCAAUUAUGAAGAGCUACAUGCAGAUGUCUGCCGACGAACCCAGCAUCGCUGGAACGACUUCAUUGCCGUCCCAUUCAAAUUCACGAUUGACUACUUCGCAGGAACGCGCAGCCCAGCUCAGAAGGGAGAGAUCAUUCGAUCGUUCUCGUAUAUGGGGUUCAAAGGCCCGAUCCGGCUAACAAACCCCGAUGAGGAGUUUUUCGUGAUGGAAGAGUACAUCGACGACGUCGAAGUCUCUACACUAGGCGUGUCGCGAAUUUCAGACCCGCGGAAGAUUUACCUCAGUCGCAAGAUUGCCGAUAGCUGUCGCGAGAGCGUGCUCAAAUACGACCUCAAGAAGCGUCGUUAUAUUAGCACGACUUCCAUGGAUGCCGAGUUGAGUCUCAUUACGGCGAACAUGGCUCUCGCCGCACCUGGGAAAUUGUUCUUUGAUCCGUUUGUCGGAACUGGAAGUUUCAUAGUGGCUGCUUCGCAUUUCGGAGCUCUGACUCUGGGUGCAGACAUUGAUGGCCGCAGUUUCCGUGGCAAAGAGACCGGGAAACUGGGCAUAUAUGAGAAUUUCGACCAAUACGGGCUCAAGAGCAAAUUCGUUGAUACGUUCACUUCCGAUCUUACCAAUACACCACUGCGGAGAACUGCCGUCCUCGAUGGCAUUGUCUGCGAUCCGCCAUACGGUGUGCGUGAAGGGCUUCGGGUUCUGGGAAAUCGUAGAGGGAAACCUGCAGUUAACGUGAUCAUUGAUGGCGUUCCUGCGUAUCUCCGACCUGGUUUCGUCCCUCCCAAAAAGCCUUAUGGCUUCGAGGCUCUGCAAAACGACGUUCUCAACUUCGCUGUUCGCUCGUUGGUUCCCAAUGGCCGUUUGUCGAUGUGGAUGCCCACAACAAAUGACGAGAAAACCGAGUUCCCUGUUCCCAUGCAUCAGAAUCUCGAGAUCGUCAGUAUCUCUGUUCAGUAUUUCAACACUUGGGCUCGCCGACUUAUAACGUACCGUCGUCUACCCGAGGGAGAAUUGUCAGACACUACACUGGCCCGGAAAAAGCUUGACGACCAGGGUACUACUGCAGAUGAUCUAAAUGCAUUCCGACGAGUGCAUAUGCUCAAAGGCCACGGCACCAGGGUCGAGAAGGACCAAAAAACGAAAGAAUAA